AGUUCAUCAUACCUUGAGAAAGUUAAUUGUUUCUUUUUCACUUUUGAACACAAAUAAUUUUGUACAAGCUUCUAAUUUCUGUGUGCCAGAUAUCAUCGCAAGAUUGCUCAAAGAUAGCACAGAUAAUUUAGGACAUGGAUUUUUUUUCAGGACCUUGGUCUAAAAAAAAUAAUAAUUUGGCCAUACAAGAUUUUCUUAGUGAAGUCAACUUGUCCCAAGGUCAGAGGCACAGAUCACCAGUAUCAUGGGGAACGGGUUGCAAGUUUCUUAUGGCUCGCAAGUUCGAUGUGAAGAGAGCUAUCGAUUUGUUUUUUUCUCAUGAGUCAACUCGUGAAAAGGAAGAUUUGUUGUCUAUAGAUCCAAGCGAUCGAUACCUUCAGAAAGAAUUGUCGACAGAAAAGUUUACAAUAUUGCCUGGUCGUGACCGCAGUGGAGCUGCUGUGGCAUUAUUCUCUGCACGUCUGCAUCAGCCACCACAGACCACGCACCAGGUGGUGCUCAAGUCUCUUAUCUACCAGCUAGAUGCUGCCUUAGAAAGUAUUGAGACUCAACGUCAAGGCCUGGUGUUCAUCUAUGACAUGACAGAAUCGAAAUAUGCCAACUUUGACUAUGACCUUAGUAUUAAAAUCCUCAAUUUGUUAAAAGGUGCCUACCCAGCGCGGCUGAAGAGAGUUCUCAUUGUUACUGCUCCUUUGUGGUUCAAAGCUCCGUUCAAGAUCCUCAGGUUAUUUGUGAAGGAAAAGCUCAGAGACCGGGUUUACACAGUGAGUGUGUCAGAGCUGAUCACCUACGUGCCAAAAGACACGCUGCCUAUUCAGCUGGGUGGCACACAGGUCCCAUGCCAUCAGGUCUGGCUACAGCUGUGUUUUCAGUGUGCCACCAACCAGCAGCCUGACCCCUGUAUCUACUUCAUCUCACGUCUCUCAGGGCCUGGGGCCAACCGUGGUUCUAUCUCACGUAGCAUCUCCACCGACACUGACAAUCACAUCAGUGAUUUUGACUCUGAAAGCUCUAAAGACACUGUGAACGAGAAGCACACAAACGAAGAUAGAGAGAAGGAAAAAGAAGACGACAUGGAGGAGGAAAGUGGUAAACCGGAUAGCACUACUGUGGUGUCAAAGGAGAGAGAGGGACAGAAGGUGGGGAACAGGAAACGCAAAACAUCGGAAUCUCGUAAACACAGCUCGGACUUGUCCACUGUGAAUGAAGCCCCUCCAGAAACUUUGUCAGAGGAAAUGCCUCGCAAGAAGCGCCCACCUUCCUCUGGCUCAAACAUUCUGGAUGAUUCUAUCCACAUGCCAGACACUAAUGGCAUGACCGUGCAAGAACUGCUGAACAAAGUGAACUCUCUUAAGCGCAAGGGUUUGGUCGGAGAGUAUGGGUCUAUUAAGAUGGAAGCCCCAACUGGAACGUUUACCACAUCUAAGUUGAAAGCUAAUCUACCAAAGAACAGAUACACAGAUGUUCUCUGCUAUGACCACAGUCGUGUGACCUUGCCAUUGAUAGAUGAUGACCCCACCUCGGACUACAUCAAUGCCAAUUUUGUGGAUGGCUACAUGCAGAAGAAUGCUUUUAUUUCCACUCAAGGCCCCCUACCAAAAACAUUUGUGGACUUCUGGCGGAUGGUGUGGCACAAUCAGACCAAGGUCAUCGUCAUGACUACCAAGACCAUAGAGAGGUCGCGAAUGAAGUGUGGCCAGUACUGGCCCAAUGAGGAGGAGGCAGAUGAACAGUUCGAGGAGUUCAUUGUCUACAACAACGGAAUGUCGCAGAACAAGGACUUUAUCGAGACGGUCCUCAUGCUUCAUAACACGAACAGUGGAGAGUCCCGUCAGAUCUCUCACUUGCAGUUCAUCAGCUGGCCUGACUAUGGUGUGCCUCCUGCCGCUCCGUUUCUUGACUUUCUGUUCCGAGUGAGAAGCAUCCAGGAGAAGGCUACCAAAGAUAUGGCCUCGGACUGGACCGGCCACCCUCUUGGUCCUCCCAUUAUUGUCCACUGCAGUGCCGGUAUUGGCCGCACAGGCACGUUCAUCACAGUAGAUAUCUGUCUGCGUCGCCUGGAAGAUGUUGGUACGGUCGACGUACGAGAGACUGUGCGGCGCAUCCGUUCCCAGAGGGCAUUCUCUAUCCAGAUGCCUGACCAGUAUGUGUUCUGCCACCAAGCUGUUAUAGAGCAGGCCCAGAGACAAGGACUCAUGAACAGUAUAGAGCAGAUCGUACUGGAGGAUAGUGACAGCGACUAAAAUAAAGCUUGUGACAAUCACUGUUUAUAAAAUGUGACUUUUGGAGACGGUUUUGAAACUUAAUGGGCGUAAGACUUAAAGGGUCCACGUUUCCCAUUUAGGGAUGGAAAAUAUUUUGUUCCCACGUCAAAUUUUGUACUAUUUCUGCGGGCAGAAAAGCCGCCUGUCUCUCAUUUGAGGACAGAAAACUAUCGGCGCCCUUCUCAAAAUUUGAACUUUUUUGUUCUCCGUGUUGAUGACAUGUCAUGAGUUCAGCACAGGAGCUGAAGACCUUUGCCUUUACGUACAAGCUACAAGUGCACUGGGGGUGUGUUGGCCUCUGUACCUGACAGCUGCUACAUGUUUUUUUUCUUCCUGUUUUGUGACACAAAACCACAGAGGUGAUUGUCUUUGACGAUGCCACCUCUACUUUUACUGUUGAUGUAACAAAUAGAAUGUGUCACAGGUGCUGUUUGACAGAGUUGAGCUUGGGAUUUAAUGCUAAAUUUGAUGUUGCUUGUUUUGAUAUUUGCAUCUAGAUGUGCUUGUGGGGAGAAAGGGGGGGGGGGAUGGGGGUUGCAUUAGUUGUUGUUGAAAUAGUUGUGGAAAUCUGAAUGUAAUGAUGCCUGUGGUUUACUAUGAGAGUCAUGAGGCUCUAGAGAUAUUUGUAGUUUUGAGUCAUGAUCACUUCAUGCUCAGACGAUAAAGGUGCAGUUGUAAGAGUGUGCUCAUGUAAUAGGAGUGAUAAGAGUUGAAAAUUGGUCACAUCUGUCUGUGAGUUCAAUUGUGUGUAUGUGUGUGAAUGCACAUUUUUGAAUGUGUGUGUUGACCUGCAGUCGUGUAGCACCGUCCUGAGGAGUCCUUCCACAAAGUUGUUCCUCUUGAUGUUUUUGCCACUGGAGGGGACGCUUUUUCUUACCAAUGUUUAAUGUUGUUUUCAUUUGCAUUUCUCUUUAAGCAUUUAAAUGAACAGUCUGAUGUGAAGAAAAGGCAAAGUCCUUUAGAGAAGUAAGACAGAAGUAUCAUACGUUAUUUUCUGUGUUAGCCUCGCUUGUAGAGGUAGGAUCCCUUCCCACUCACAUUAUUUACAGUGCUUUUGAAAGGCAUUUUUUAAUGCAGAUUUCAAUUUUUUUCUAAAGGUAAUUUAUUCAACUUUGCAAUGUGAGCAAUGACUUCUGAGACAGUGCCUGUUCUUCCAGAGAAGGUUCUUUUCCCCCUUUUGCACUCAUUUUCUUUCUGAAAGUGGAAUUGAGGAUCUGUCAUUACUUCAUAUAGAGGAUUCUGUAGUGCCCACUGAUUCAUUUUUGUUUUGAUUUGUAAACAUCAGCAUUCCUUAUUUUAUUUGGCUGACCGAUCAGUAAGAAUGCCAUAGACACUUUGUUACUGAAUUGCUUUUUAUGAAUGUUAUAUAUCUGUGUGUGUGUCUUUAAAACAAUUUUCUUGCUUGCCUUGAAAUUCGGAGAAAAAAUUGUUUACAAUCUUUAUGUGCAACAUUUGUUCACCUGGUUAUUACUUAUAUAUUAUCUGUAUGGUAAUUCACCUAUAAAGUGAUAAUAUUAAAUGAAACAAGCUAUGUUGCUUUUGUUGUUUUGGGGUUAUUUGUGUGGACUUUCAGCUCAUUGAAACAUCUUUGAUUGACCAUUGAUUUUUUACCUUGUUCUGAUAUUGUCUUUUUCAUGUGCCUAUAGAUCUGUAGUUAUUCUGUAUGAAUAUGAAGUCAAGCCAAUCAGAUGAUUAAAAAAUGUAUCAGUAUGACAGAUGACAGCGUAUAAACAUCUUCAGCACGCUUUACAGCUUUAUAUUUUUCUACAAGACAAAUAAAUGCACAUGUACUUUACUGAAAAGCUAAAGUUGUCUUUAUUAGACUGUCUAAACGUCUCCAUAACCCACCGAAUUUUUGAGAGAUGUUUCCCAGCCUUUUUGAGUUUUUAAAUCAAGAGAUUGUCUACUUUUAGAAGGAAAUGUGUUUGUGUUUGUUCAGGAGAUAGGGUUUUGACCUACUUAAGUGUACUGGGUUUCGACCUACUUAAGUGUACUACGGGUAAGAUACAUAUAUAUGUGUGUGCAAAUAUGUUAAAGGUUGAUAACUUGAUGUUUGGGGGUUUUCAUUUUCUGUCUGAAUCAGGGACUUUUUGUUUUUAAAACAGAUGAGUGGCUUUUUUUUUUCAUGAGAGGAAUACAAAGGAAGACAAGAGUGCAGGCAAAUAGAGUCUGCACUUGCCAAGCAACAUGUCUCAGAGGUGUCGUCUGUUUUGUUGUUAAAUAAUACUUUUGGUUUUGGUUUUUGGGACUAAUUGAGCACAUAAUAUUUUGGGAUUGGGGGGUGGGGGUGGGGGGAAGAAGGGGGUUUGGUUAAAAGGGAGCGUGCAAUGGCUGGAAUCCCAUUCAUAAUGUCUCUGGUCUAGUUAGGGUAACCCAAAUUGCUGAAUGCAGCAAACUAAAUUUCUGUAGCAGAUAUUGUCAUUCAGGGGACAGUGUCCUGUUGUAGAAUUCUCUAUUCUUUUUGCAAUUUAUUGCUUUGUAUGUGUAGUUUUGCCCGACAUGUCACCAGCAGGCGACACAAGUUAUGACUAAAGAGGCAGACUUGAUGUUUUUGGCGAGUUCUUUUGACUCCUGAUAUUUUUAAAGCUAUGAGAUUAACUUCUAAGACAGCACUUUUUUUUAGCUUCGUGUUCCUGUUGUACAGCAGGAAGUCCCUCAUUUUUGUGAGUGUGUGUCACGCUGUGAAUAUCGGAGAGAAAGAGUGAGAGAGUGAGAGAGGAGAGAGAGGAGAGAGAGAGAGAGAGAGAGAGUCUUGGGAUUUUUGUGCAUAGUUUUGCUUUGGUUUAUUAUUUCUUAUUUAUCUCAGACACAAUCAAUAAAUUUCACAUCUCUUACUCUUAUAUUGGGUUAGGAGUUUUUUUCCAACUGGAUCCUUGAGUCAUGAUCCAAAUGAUUUUGUUUAUAAACUUCAACAUAACAAUAUUUGAUAUGUGAAAUUAAAAUGCACGGCCUGAUUUCCUUCACUUUUAUGCUGUAGAGAGAGUGUAGGAAUUUGGUUCCUCUUUUGAAGAUGCCCUUUCUUUUAUUUUGGAGAAAGAGAUGUUGAAAUUUUGUACCUGUUUGUGAAAUCAGCAUUAAUGUAGGAAUGAAAAAAGGUAAUAAAUGUCAAGUACAAGAUAUUGUGGGGUCUUGUAAUGAUCUUGUUUUUCAGACUGAUUAAUGCAAUAAAACUUAUUUUAGAUAAAAUAUUGACACUGGUUUUAAUCAUUUUUGUUACCCUGGAUUUUCACUUGCCUCUCAUCCUAUACUGGUUGCACUGUUAUUUUUGUUCUGUAAAAAUAGCCCUUUUCACUGCUUAUAGAUUGAGGUUUUUUUUUUCUUCAAUAAAUAACUUAAAAGGCCAUAGUUUGUUGUACAGAGCUGCUGUGCUGUGAGCUUUUGUUUUGGAAAGAGCAUUGUGGAAGACAUAUGCACGGCUGUUCUCCUCAGUCAACAACCUGUCAAACCACUGUUAAUAUUUUUGAGAAACAAAAAUUUUGGAAAACAUGAUAAAGGAAUGAACUUACUGGUUCCAGUAAAACUUCAACUUGAACAGAAAUUGUGAAAAAUCAACUUUUGUAGGCCAUAGCUCAGAUUCUACUAUUUUGAGAUCCGAACUUUUUUCUCAUAUGGCGAUAAUUAUUGUCAUGAGAGGAUAAUGAUUUGUAACUCUUUCAUUGCCUUCACUUGAAAAAUUUAGUGCAUCAGUAAUUAAAAUAGUACAUAGAAAUUUGAUAAAUUUAUCUUUAUCAUGAGUACCAUAUCAUUGAGAAAAAUAAUUAAGUUUCGGUAGAUCUUUCUUAUAAGACUCCUUAUGUUAAAAUUCAUGAUUGGAAUUUUGCAGCUGUGCCCAGUUCUAGUCACAUAUUUAUUAUGAUGCAUUCUCAAUUUUGUGUCAUGUUUCUGUCUGCCGAAUCUUGUUCUGCCAUCAUAACAAUGUAAUUUGCGCUUUUUAUGGAGAAUUUUCAGUUUGUCCUCGGUAUGAAUGAUUGAUACUAGUCUAUGGAAUGUGACCAGUUAGCAGGAAUGUGGUCUCCCCAGAUUUGGUGUGUUGGUGACUAGUUGUUGUUGUUGUCCAGGCCAAAGCUUUGUUUCAUUUAUUUGAAAUCUUUUUCUGAUCUUCCACCAACUUUUUUUCAUUGAAUUUACGCAUUUGGUUUGUUUUCAGAACAUUUGCGUUUUUCCUGUUUAUUCUGUAUUAAUUCUUUUCUGUUUUAAUAAUCUGAUGUAUAAAGUACUGUAUGCAUGUUCUUAGAAUGCUUAGAUCAACAAUGAUUUAUGACAGGAGUUUUCUUUACAGUUCUUAUGUUAAGACUGUUGCAUCUUUCUGGCUGUCAUAUUACGUAUUACCUGUCUAUGUCAUUUGAUUUCUAAUUUAUUUUAUCAUUGUCUAUCUGUUUCAGGUUUCUUCCAUGCUUUAUUCAGUUCAUAUAUUUCCCUCUCUUAUUGUCCCCUUUCUUUUUUUGUCAAUAUUUCAAGAUCAGGGAGUAAGAUGGUUAUGAUGAAGAAAAUACAGCAUAGACCAAAAUACACUUGAUAACUUGGAAAUACUCACUAAAUGUAGUAUAAUUGUAAAUGGGCAAGUAAGCUGUGUGCCAGAACGAUAUGUGUGCUGAAUUAUGACGUUUGCGAAUCUUGUGAAAACUUAAUGAAAGUUUAAGUGUAUGUCUGGAGACAAAUACAUGACUGUGGACCAUAUAACACUGCCAUAGCUUUGGCUAUCAAUUAUUUUUGUAUAACAAACGUACAUAUAUAGAUACAUGGAUAUCAUGAUGAAAUAGGCUUUCUGUAGAAGCUUUGGAGAGUCUCAGGUAACCCCAUGUUUCAAUGGCCUGUGUCCACAUGUGCUUUUUAUUCACAUCUUUUGUACACUGUAAAGACGAUAUUUUCAUACCUAGAGUUCCAUCCUUCCUUUCAUGUAUCAAUUGUUCAUUUUCCAAACCCAAAUUUCCUUCCAGGCAUUUACUUUUUAGUCCUAUGAUUUUGCAGUGUCUUGUAUUUUCACAAUACAUUUCAAAAUACAGGUGUUUAUACCUUCUGUUCUGAUCACUUCUGUUUCCUAACGUGCUCAUUUCUCACUUUAGCUUUUAAUAAAAAAUCUCCUAUUCCAAAAAACAAUUGUUCUCCUUACUUCCUCUACUCUACCCUUUGGUUCAAAGGGGGGGGGGGGGGGGGCUUGUAAUGCCUACUGUUUUCUGUCUAUGACUGUUGUUCCUGGUUGUGGCUUCUCCUUUGUUCCUGCUCCUCUUGACCCUCUUUGAGGCAAUUUACUUCUCCUACUUUUUUUUUGGUUGUCUCAUGCUGCAAGUGCUGUAAAACUCUUACUAAAAACUAAAAAUUUGUUGUCUCAUUAGUUUUUUCUAUGUGUUUCUUUGCUGUAGCUUUUUGUAUUGAACAUCUUCUUGUUUUCUCGGCCCUUGCCUUUGUUGUGGUAUGCCUGGUCUAAACUUUUAUCUCUGUGUUGUUGUUUCCACUUCAGUUUUACAAUUGUUUGUUUCUGGUUAUUGUUUUUGUUAUUGAACUCCUCAACACUUGCUCUGGUAGAAUCUGCUUCUUUUACUUCUUUUCAAUUUUACAAGAUAUAAUGACUGCAUUAUGUCCCUGGCAAAGUGGUACUGUGAUUGUGCUGAGUUGCCUUGAACUCACUCACAGCUGCGAACUCCUGUUUUCUGUUUGCUUCCAGUUCUAAAAACAGCUUCUUUUUGUUUGCUGGAGGUUAGUAGAGGUUUCAACUGACAGGUUCUCUGCCUUUAUUGUCUCUCUGUCACUUCUGUCUCUGUUGUCUUGCUAUUCCCUUACACUAUUGGCUAUCAUGUCAGUGUACUUUUCUCCAACUGAAACUUACUCAACUGUUUUCGUAGCCUGUCUGUUCUCAGAUUUUGUCUACUUGUAAAAUGUCCGUCCUCUUUCUCUCAAUAGAAUAUGAAUUGCUGUAUAUUUUGUUGCAAUGGUGGCUUGUACAAUAUUGAAGUUUGUACUUUGAGAUGGAUGUUUUGAAAUUGACUGUCAGAGUGAGCAGCACUUAAUGCAAGGUUGCUUGAUGAGUAAAUGUUUUCUUUUUUGGUGGUAUGACCGUAGCUUUGUGCAAAUGUACAGUGUAAGCCUCUAAUAUCGACGCCAAACUUUUGCAUUCGCCUUAAUCUGACAUAAGUAGAAGCAGCACACUUUCACUCAUUCAAAAUAUUACAGAACAUUAAAAAAUAUAUUCUUAAAUGUGUUUUUUUCCUGUAUGUCUUUCUUAUAUGACUUCAACAACCUGUGUCUGACUCUGCUUGUAGUCUACAGUGUUGUUUAGAAAUCACUUCUACUCCCUAUUCAGGUAAGGAGGAACAUGCCAUAUGCAGUUCAGAAUGGCAAACAUUUGAUAUCAGUGAACUUACUCCUGAAGAGUAAAACUCAAUUACUCAGCAAGUGAAUUUAAUGACCUUGGAUUUGCUCAAAAUUAUUCUCUUUCUUUUUCUGUUCUCUGAUCCGUAAUAUUUCUGAUUUCCAAGCAUUAAUGAUGCUACAGUCUUUAUGUUAGGAUUGCACUGUACUUUGCAUUGGAGCUUGGUGGUAUUUAAUUCUUAUUACAUAUAUAAUGUUUGAUUGUACAUAUCUCUCUAUUUAUAUUUUCCACUGAGA